AUGACGUCCGAGCGGCGAAACUCAGAUGAUACCAUCGCCUCCUACAAGCGGAAGAAGAAGCAAGACAAGCGACCCUCGCCUAUGAGUCAAGAAGAUGACGCGCAGUGCGACCACGAUGAAAGUGCCACUGGCGCUGCGAGUAGCAACGACAUACCCGACAAUGUAUCCAACGUAGAGACAGAAGACGAUUCUGAAACCGCAAUGCGCUGGAAGGAGCUCAAAGCUGCCAAAACCGAAGAGGAAGAAAUCAAACGCUACGAGAGGCUACAGACAAAACCACGUACAAAAGCCGAAGCUGAACAUGACGAAGACCUGCAUAAGCUCCGCUUGAGAAGGAUGCGAGAGCGAGAGGCCACUCACGAGGCUGAGAGAAAAGCCACACAAGCACUGGAGGCAGUGCAAGAACCCGUAUCGGCAAUGGACUGGAAGGCACAGCAAGUAGCAAGGGUGCAGAGAAUGCGCAACGGCAAGAGUAAGGCGCCUAAACCAGAACAAGCGUCAGCAUUAGUCCCAACAACAUCAAGUUCCGGCCACCGAACAUCAAGUGCUCAUGAGGAGCGGCAUGGAAUACCUUGCAACUUUGGGCACGAGAUUGCAUUCUUCGCUUCGAACCGUCCCAGUCUCAAACGAACAGAUACAGAAGUCCUUACAGAUACCAGUCGAGGGCCAUCGCCUCCACCUAACGCCCAUUGGCGAGAUCCGAGGAGGCAGCGAGGUCGACUUAAUGUUGAUUACAGUGGCAUGGACACAGAGUUCAUACUUGGAGGCGAGUUCGUUGACGACGUGAAUACGAUGCUCGACUUCAUCAACGGCUGGCCUGAGGCUCAAUUCGAAGACAUCAGGUAUGCUUUCGAGAGAGAUCCUGACAAUCGCGGCCGGAGGAUAGAGUUUAUCGAUCUGGGCGACAAGAAGUGGGGAGUUCGGAUUCUGAACCCGCUCAGAAAGGAUUCAGGCACAUCAUAUGCUCCCGCCGAUAUAUAUACACGCGACGAUUUGCCAAACGCCUGUCAAGAGCAUGGUUGUGACGAAGGAUGUCCGCGCAAGAUCUCCAUGGAGGAAAGAAUAACCAACCUGAAGAAGUUUCGAGAAGAACAAGACAGGAACACGUUUCUAGGCAACAUGGCUGGAGCCGGCUACUUGGCAGGUCCAUCGCUGGGAGUACUUCCUGAUGUAAUUGAUAUGCCACCUCCACCUAUACCACCCCGCUCAGACAAGAGAAAGGUGUCUCAUGGACUUCCUGAACUUAGCACCAUACCGCUGCAACCUCUUUCUACGCUUGAGUCUCUUCCGUCUGUAUCGGAGCCGCCCGGGAGCCCGCGCCCAGAGAACUGUAGCCUACCUGACGAGGACUUUACUGCAGAACAUAUCGAGGAUUUGGAACGUACGGACGCAAGUUUGGAGACCCAGAUCAAGCAGAUCAAGCAGAUCAAGACGACGAUGGCUCAGAUCAAGGGCCACCUCCAGAGCAAGCAAGGAGCAGAACCCAUUGGACAAGAUAUAGUCAAAGAGUGGCUGCAGAAUGCGAACAUCGUGUCCGAAUCCUCCGAAGGUACGAGGAAGAAAUCCGCUGCCGACAAGCCGGACCUCGGGCCUAUUGGAGGAAAGCUGGUGCACAACGAGAAAAUACCCACCGGUCCCUACUCCAUACGCGCUGAGGAGCACAGGUUGACCGCGGUUUUUGAUAAGCGAAGCACAGUCCCAGAGCUUAUGGAUGAGAACAUUCGCAACAGACCUCGGAAAGGGUACUACACGGCGAGAGUGCCACCCAAAAGCGACUCGGAUAGCAAAUGCAAUGAUACGCCACUACCUAGGAAGGCAGGGCGGCCUUCGAGCAACCAUGUCGAUCAAUCGUCUUCGACAAAUACUCAGCGAGUUAAGUUCCCAAGGAUAGAGCCAGCCUCCCGAGAGCGAGACCAAAGGAAGACACAGAGCAUACCGGCCGGUGUACCAAACGAGGGUGUGAUGGCUCACCUCGUACAAGGUUAUUCCAUUUCGUCACCUUCGCAAGAGCAGACUGGUAAGGAGGGCAUCCUUGGGGGGGACUUCGCUUCACAGUUUCAAGAUCCGAUUGGGGCGCGCAGACUGUCAGAAAGCAUUUCGGUGUUCGAGGAUACUCCAAUGGGCGAGGAUGUACCAAUGCUGCCACAGGACAUCCAGUCGCAGCCCCCUUCUGAAGAACCGGCUGUGGCUCCCUCUACUACGUCGCCAGAUUCUCGCCCACCGUCACGGCCAUCACCACGACGACUCGACGAGAUAGAUGAUGAUACUUCUGUUUGGGAUCCCGACGAGCAGCCUGUGGCUCCUGCAGCUCCUCGCAUACGCGAUGAUAUGGAGAUUGAUAGCGAUAUUCCGGUUUGGGAUCCAGUCGAGGAGCCUGCGCGGAGAAGUAGCGAUUCACGUCAAGAGUCUACACUGGAAGAGAGGCGUACUUAUCAGCGUCAUAUCAAGAACAUGCUACGUAAAACCAACGCGCGUAGAAAAAGGCGUGCGGCUCCGACCUCUCCGCUGCCGACUUCUUCGCCCGCCACUGACAGUCCGGAAGCGGGGUCUGAGGUUGAGGAUACGUCUAUACCUACGCUUACAAACGUUGUGCCCGCUCCAAGCCGCAUAGAGGCAGGAUCUGAGGGCGGUAGUAGUGGACCGGUGGAUUUAAAGGGUAAACGAAGGGCGAAGGCGAAGGAGAGCGGUGAUGACAAGAAGCUCUUAGAAGAGCUGUUCAGGAAAUUGUGA